GUACACGAUGUUCGACACUGUGCACCUAUACAAAAACUUCUUUUUCAACCUCCUGAACAAGAAAACUCUCAUCUGCCAGCUCCCAACUACCGAGACAGUGGUGAAAGCCGAGUACAACCACCUGCAGCAACUGUACAGGAUGGAAAUGGGACAGGACAUCAAAAUGGCCUAUCGACUGACAGACAGGGUAAUUCACCCCACAACUGUCGAGCGUGUCAACGUUCAGCUGGCCGUGGCAGCCACUCAUGAAACUACCGUGGCAGCCCUCAGGUUUUAUGGCCAGAAGGAGGAACACUGCAACUUCAGACAGACGGCUGAUUUCUUGGAGAUGCUGAAGAAGUGGUUCAGCAUCGUAAAUGUAAAAACUCCUUACACACAUGUGCGUCUGCGCGACUCCAUCAGAGCCCCACCAAGCAGGGAAGAGAAGUGUGGUCUGAAAUAUCUCGCCGACUUUGGAAAGAUGCUCGAAGCCUGGCAAAACAGGACCGGAGCGGGCAAGAUGUCAGCUGACACGACACAGGCCGCCAUCUACACGUGCAGAGGCUUGAUCGGCGUGACCCAAUACCUACUGGAAAAGCACGGCGACCUAGUGCAUUAUGUUCUGCUGGGCAAAAUCCAGUCUGACCGAAUCGAGAGCCGGUUCGGUUAUCUGAGGAAGCUGGCUGGAGGAAAUUUCUGGGCGAGCGUGAGGCAGUUUCUCGAAGGUGAGGCGGUCAUUCGUGUGAAGAGUCUCGUCUGGCUCUCUGGCUACAGUCUGGGCACAGUAUCUGCCCAGAUGGAGGAGGCCCGCAAACAACGGCAACGAGAUGACUCCGAGGUGGUUAAGACGCUCGUAGACAUCACCUCCUCUGCAGAACAUGAGGCCUUAUCAGAAGGAGCAGAACAAGCGCUCAUGCAUGUGGCUGGCUACCUCGCUCGUUCUGCCCUGAAAAGGAGGCCAUGUCACGCCUGUCACGCGCUUCUGGUGAACGAGAGCCCUCGCCAGCUGGAAGAAGUGCGUCUGGACGCUGACCUCGAGCAUCACGGGGACGGUGCGGCUGGCCUGGCUGAAGCCAUCAAAACAUUUACCGACCUCCUGAAUCGGGGCAAGCUUCUCUAUCCCUCGGAGCUGGCUGUUGAGCUGUCUAUGAACAUCUGCCAUGUGUACAGGUGGCUCAUGCAGGACGACGCUUCGCGGUCUGCUCUGCUCGGUUGCUCCGAGCCACGCUCCUGCUUCGAGAAAGUGAUGACCACUAUCGGCGAGCAAGACAGUAGCCUUGCAGGCCUUAAGUGCGAGAGCGGCCAUGACUUCCUGUUAGUCUACGGAAGGAUGGCCAGCGCUCUAUUCAACGUCUUUACGUCAAACUAUGCUACGGAAAUGAAUAGUGCUAUUCAUUCAAGCAAGGGCAGAAUGACGUCUCAGAUGACGACACGUGAACAAAGUCGAGACAAGAUCAGAAAGCUGAACAGCGGAAAGAAAUAAGGGAGACGCUAGGGUGACCGCGGCAUCGGAUCUGAUCUGCAGUGACUUACCGUCCCAAGUAACGUCCCAACAUAGUAAGAUUUAUACAGAUGUAUCUAUUGUACAUUCGCUUGUAUCCUUGAAUAUUCGCGUGGCGGCUUAAUAAUUGUGCAGAUUAUACGUAAUGUGUUUCGAUAUGUCAAUAGUCUCAUUGUACUAUGCCACCAUGUUUUGUGGAGUGGUGCACCAUUAUGCGUUGUUGUCUAUUUUAUGUCUUGAGAUCGUGGACGCUCAGCUGUCUCGUUGAUUUUCAGCUGAUGUAUCGCCGCGUGUUCGUCUCGCUGACGUUCAGCUGCCUUGGCGGCGCUCGUUUGCCUUGUUCGUGCCAGAUGUUUUGUUCUAAAUGCCUAAUUUUGAGUUCGGAGUGUAAAGUCACUGUCUCGGUCAUGAGGAUGAAACACUUGUUAUUGUGUAUGUCCGUGUUUGCACCAGCUCUAGAAAUUAAUGCAAACAUUGCUCAAUUUCUUUGUUUCUUUGUGUGCUGCUGAAGGCUUCAAAUGUAUAAACCUUAAAAGCUACGCCUUGAUUUCCUAUUCUUAGCAAUCAAGUAGGUACUCAGCCUGCACAACACUAUUGUGAAAGAAGAAAACGAAGAUAUUACAAAAUCUGAAAAGCACACACAA